CUUCAAAAGCUUCUAGCUUUCCUUCCCUUCCUCACUUUCCUCAUUUAUUUUUUCUAUUAUCUUGCUUGAUUCUUGCAUUGUGUAUUCUUAAAUUUUACUUUUAUGCACUGUGGAACCUUCUUUAAAGUUAUUCCCAUCCAACAAGCUGGUGUUGUCCCAGUUCCAUUCUGUCAUCAGUUGUCAUACGGACCACCUACUCGCUUGCUUUCUUGUUGCUAUCUCAACUGCUGAAACUUAAUUUAAAGGAUGGAAGACACAACAGAAAACAAUACUCUGGAACUGUUGGAAGAAGAUGACUCUUUUCAUGCACUGCGUAGAAAAUUUAAACCUAUGAAAAAGAAAACACUGAAACACUGGGAAACACAGGAAAUAUUUGAUAGCACCGCUGAUGUUUCUUCAACCUCAAAUGCUGCCCCGAAAAUGUUUAAACCACUAAAAAAGUUAGUGCCACAGGCUAGUGUCUCCAACUGUUCUAAUAUUUUUUCAACAACACAAAUUUCUAAGGUCAAUGAAACAUUUGCUGUAGGUGAUGGAACAUUUUUCUCGACCUUCAAUGCUGCACCAAAAACCUUUAAAAUACACAAGAAGUUAGUACCACAGCCUAUCAUGAACUGCUCAAAUGCUUUCUCACAAAUUUCCAAGAUUGAUGAAACAUUUGCACUAGAUGUUGAUGGAACCUUUGCAACCUUUAGUGCUGGGCCAAAAAAAUUUAGACCUAAGAAAUUAGCACCACAGGUGAAUGCCUCCAACGCUUUUUCACCUUCACUUUCUGAAGCAAACCUGUCGAAGGAGGUCAGAAAUAUUACCAAAGAUUCAUCACAAGAUUUCCCUGUGCCUGGUCACCCAAGGACAAUCUCCAAAAGAUGUAGUCGAAUCCUUUCUUCUUCUGAAAAACUGCGCUGCCAGUAUAAAACAGUUCACUGUUCCUUCACUAGUAACCCACCAUGUAUUGAGGAUAAAGAACCUGAAUCGAGCAGCUCUGAGGAAGAUGUUAAUCCUAAUUUUUGUGAUACUCCCAUCUCCCCCAUUUUUCCUCCCUCUCUAAACGAUAAAAUUGUUGAGGAUCAAGAGAGACCCUCAUCUUGCUUAUCAAUGGAUAAAUCAUUUGAUAGUAACCUAGCUGUCACAAAAAAUGUAUACGAUUUGUCCGAUUUUUCGGCAGUUUUAAAUGACAUUAGGAACACAACGAAGUCUAAGUCUAGAAUUAGUGAUGCUGUUGAUAAUGAUAUAGUCAGUGAGCCCUAUAAUGUAAGUGAGCUUAGUGGCUCUGAAGAAUGUACGCCUGAAAAUGUAAGAAUAUUAAAAAAAUCUUUGAAGAAAUCUACCAAAGUGUCAGCACGUGCUAAUUCAGAUAGUAGCUGUGAUGUUAGACGUCUCAAUGUAAGAGAAGACGAUGAAAGUAACUUUAUGGUCAGAAGGUCUAGUUCCUGUCAUAAAAAUGUAAAAAAGAAAAAAUCUAUCUUUACUGAUCAUGAUCUGUCAGUUCGACUACUGACGAAAGGUAAAGCCCGAAAAAAACCUCUACCAUUAAUGGAAACAUUCAUAGAACACCAACCUUAUUCACACUCACUAACAAAGAUCAAAGGAAAAGAAAAUAUACAGAUUGAAAGACCUGCGUACUGGGCUACGAAUAAGCUUUAUGAAUUUUUAAGGCAAAAAUUAGAACCGCGAUUCGGUGAAAAAUGGAAAAAAAUUGCAGUAAAUUUUGUAUGUAGCUUAAGUGACUUGGUUACCAAAACCAUAAAUUGCCACAGCCUUCAAGAGAGAGCUCAUUUAACUGAGAUUCUAAAAGCAGAUUUCAUUACCUUAGAACUAGUAAGAUGUGAUUUCGAGUUUUAUGACUUUAUGAUUAUGUUUCUACCAGACGAAUACAUAAAUAUCACUGUGCCUAGCCUUCUUCCGUAUACAGAAAAAUUAAACGUUUUAAAUUUUAAACCAAAAAAUUUGUACAGGAGUUACUUUUAGUAAAAAUCAUUAUUCUGAGAAGUGAAGUACUUAUUUCAUUUUUAAGCACUUUCGAUAGUAUUAUAAUAAGUGCUAGUCUGCCGUGCAAAUGUUUUUUGUUUUUGUUUUAUUAUUACAUCCAUUGUAUUUGACCCUUUUAAAACACCAUUUCAUUUUAAAUUUGAAUAUAUAAAUCGAUGGUACAUAUUUAAAAUCAACAGAAUCUGUAGAGAAAGCUGUGUCUACCUCAUCUUAGACACUCAAUCACAGAUUUUUAAUGCAUUCAAUACCGUUCAACACCUUACAGCUCGUUUCUCAUCUUUGAACGUGCUUUAAACUAAAGGAAGACCAAGCCAAAAAGUGGCGGAAAAGUUUCAUGUAAUAAAAGAACUGUUCAACUUAAUUUCCAUGCUUUAAAGUAAAUUGCCGAACGAGAAAGCUUGCUCUUUGAACAGCUUAUUUUCGGCGGAUGCAAAGAUUUAUCGGACAUAUCUAUGCAAAUCAGAACAAUGUGCAUUAAGACAUGAGCCCUGAGACCCACAAGGACAUAUCGACGGUGUAAGUC